AUGGCGCACAAAGACCUUCUCAAGAAGGCCUUCCGUAACAACUUCAUCCGCAAGUCCGUCGCCGACCUCAAGUCACUCGGCGCAAAGGAAGCGCACCCGAAGCCUCGCCAUACCAGCUCCACCAACUUGUUCUCUCGUACCGAAAACGAUGUCCCGGAUCUUCCCACUCCCCCAAUGAGUACAGAGGACUCCGACGCACAGAAGGUUACCGAGCACGAGCACAAGACUGACGACAGCGCUUCAAGUCUGGUGGCUGCUUCCGAAGCCGCCAAACCCUCGCGCGAGAACGUCGCGGAGUGGCUCCAGACCGUUCCAAAGGACCCGGCGACGAUGUCGUCUACGGAGAUACGGGUAGAGAUGGAGAAGGCCGACGCCGAUCGCAAAGCUCAGAUCUUGCGCAGCCACGAGCAGCUGCUCCGCGACCACCGCGACCUCGUAGUGGCGUCCGAGAAGAUGAUCGUCUCGCACCUCGAUACGAUUGAGACAGCCUUCGCUUUACUGGAAAUAAUGGAUGCGCUCAGUUCGCAUGCUGAGCCGAUGAGGCGGGAGAUGUUGGAGAAGAAGCAAUUCUGCGAGAAGAAGCUGAUAGACUUGUCGCCUGUGAGGUCCAGGCUGGAGACAUUGAGGGCGGGGAAGGGGUACAUCUGCCUAGACGCUGAUUGA